AUGUCGAUCGAGCGGCGAUCGAUGCCGCAGAUGCUUUGUCACUUCCUGCCACACCACAAAGGAUCUUGGGAGAUUUCCCGACGGCAACAAAAAGCGGGUUCUCGCAUGGACAAGAAGAUUUGGAUAUAUUUUGGUAUUUCCACGGAAUUAUAUCCCGCUUUUAGCGCCGGGACGGUCCCGCUGCAGGUCGGGCCUUUGUGGCUUGCAGCGCCCACAGCCAAUCAGCAUAAGCGCCCAACACUUCCUGAAACUCUUCAUGAUGGUGUCUCGGCGGAGGAGACCUGUCAAUCCUAUGACAGACGGCCAUGGACAGAGAAUUGCAUCGCUUCGGCCUCGAUGCGCUUGUGCAAGUAUGGUGUUCAUGUACCAGAAACAGCCGCGAGCCGGCCUUCCUCCUUUGGCAGUCUUCUGGGACCCGUGAGCCAACCAAUGCUGGUUGUUGCAGUGUCUGCUUUGUUCGACGAGACUUCAUGUCCUGCAAUAGCAGAGGCUCGGGAUGGAUCACCGCGGGUUUCGCACAGACUUCCCAAGACUCGCAUGUGUGGUGCGGGAAGCUCAGAUCAAGUCUCCACCACAUGGCCGCAUCACGACCUCACACUGUACUCAAAGGUUCGAGGCCACGCUGCAGUGCACACCAUUCGACUUCCUUCAGGUGUUCUUGUGCUUUGUGCCUUGUGCUGGGUCAUUUCGCGGUGA